CUUGUGAAAACCAAGUCCCUCCCUCUUCUCCUAUUGGCUCACACCCUCGGGAGGCGGAACCCAACUAGCUAAUGAAGUCCUUAGAGAGACACGCGUGUGACGCAUUUCCGGCGCUCUGAGCGUGCAAGAUGGCUGCCUCCCAGCAGCAGGCUGCGGGAGCCUCCUCGGCGGCGGGGGUGUCUGGGCCCGGUUCGGCCGGCGGCCCGGGGCCUCAGCAGCCGCCGCAGCCGCCGGCACAGCUGGUGGGGUCGUCGCAGAGCGGGCUGCUGCAGCAGCAGCAACAGGACUUCGAUCCCGUGCAGCGCUACAAGAUGCUGAUCCCGCAGCUGAAGGAGAGUCUGCAGACCUUGAUGAAGGUUGCAGCCCAAAACUUGAUCCAGAACACGAAUAUUGACAACGGACAGAAGAGCAGCGAUGGGCCCAUCCAGCGCUUUGACAAGUGCCUGGAGGAGUUCUACGCACUCUGUGACCAAUUGGAGCUGUGCCUGCGCCUGGCACACGAAUGCCUGUCCCAGAGCUGCGACAGCGCCAAGCACUCUCCCACGCUGGUGCCCACAGCCACCAAGCCCGACGCGGUGCAGCCUGACAGCCUGCCCUACCCGCAGUACUUGGCCGUCAUCAAAGCCCAGAUCGCCUGUGCCAAGGACAUUCACACGGCACUGCUGGACUGUGCCAACAAGGUCACGGGCAAGACGCCGGCACCACCGGCCGGCCCGGGGGGCACCCUGUGAGGGGGCGGGGCAGGGCAGGGGGUGGAGUGGGGUGGCGCGCAAGCAUGGCAGCAAGGAAAUGAAGAAUGGUUUGAGCCAAAGCACUUGGCUGCUGUGAUUGUUCUCGCCUGAGCAAUGAGCUCAAGACCAGCAGAGGGCAGCAGAGGCCAGCAGGGCGGGCCCUGGCCCCUUCUGCCCAGUGCGGGCAGUGGACUUUGGACUGGGCCCACCCAGGAUCUCUAGGCUGUGGGCUGUCUUCCCACCUGGCCGCCCGGUUGCGCUGCCAGGCUGGGUCCCUCGUGCCGCCCCUCUUGGCAAGUUGUCUCCAUUCCAUCCUGUAAGUCCUAGGUCUUCUCUAUUUUUAGGCAUCUUUUUCUUUUUUUUUUUCAUUCUGCUUUUCUUGUGUCUCCUGUCCCUCACCUCGCUGUCCCUCUGGUCAUGUUCAGCCUCUUGCUCCUUCCUGAGACUCUGUGACUGUGGGGGCAAACAGAACCCCUGGGUCUAAGGAGGGGGACUUGGUGUCCUUCCAGGAUCCCCCAGCCCCUCCUGUGUCAGUCCACCCUGGGAAAGGAGAAGUGGCAGGGUUCUGGGCCCUGACCUCAGCAAGCCUGAUGGGGGAGCAGCUUGAGCCCCCCCCCCCGGUGCACACACAUACAUACCCAUCCCCAGGCCCUGCGUCAGCAGAACUCGGGGUGAAGGGAAUUGUGCAAUCGACGGGGAGGCAGGGCCCAGCUGGAUGCCUGGGUCCCCAUAUUUUUAGCCCAAAGGAGAAGUGAAAAGGCCCCAAAUGUGGUGAAUCAUCAAGUCCCGGGGAAGAACCCAGCUCCGGGAAGCAGGCCAUAGGGAGGGGGCUUUGGGGAGAGCCGGUGGACCCCCCCAGGAUCCCUGCUCCCCACUUCCCAGAUCACUGCUCUGGGGAGCUCAGCUGUGGCCUUCAGGCCUGGGCAAGCACAGGGAGGAGCCGCCAGCAGUGCGCAAGGCUCCAGUGACUCAGCCUGGCUAGAGGAUGGCCCCGCCCAGCACCCCUGCACCCUGGUGCCUGUGACCCCAGAGCCCAAGGUCUCACACAGGAAAGUGGCCAGGGAAGGGAGGGUGUGUGUGUGUGUUUGUGUGUGUGCCAGCAAAUUGCUCCCCAGUGACUGCUGAAGUGCCAGGAUAGAGGGAUGAGUUGGCCGGCAGGGGAGAAAACUUCAUACCCAAAACAGAGCCCUAGCCCUGCCCUCCUGUUGAACUGGGUCAGCCCCUCUAAUGACCCACGGUCAUCUCCCUCCCUGAUGUCAGUUGAUGAUGGACUUUAGUCCUAGCUACAAAAUGCUUCCACAAUACCACCCAGCCUGGGGCUUGCCAGGAUGGCAGGAUUGCACACAGUCCAACCCCUGCCAGCUGGGCACCCACAUCAUCUUAGCCACACCUACUCCCAUGAUAAGCACACAGAGAAAGCCCUGUUUGCCCAGCUUGAUGCAGGUGCCUUGGGUAUUGUGGGAAGGAGGCGGCACCACAUGCACAUACACCAUACCGCUGCAGGGGAGGCCAGUAGCAGGCUGUGGGCACAUAUGCAAAGGACAGAGGUACAGUUGGUCCUCCAGGGGAGUGUCAGUGCUACAGCACACACUGUCCGGAGGCCAGCAGUGCUGCAUGGUGACUUCACAGUGCAUCCCUUGAGGUAUCCCAGGCUGGAGUGUCUGCUUUCACAUUGCAGCCCUGUUUCCCUGUCCAGUUUCCUGUUUCCAUGUACACAGGGGGGCAGCUGAUGACCCAGUGUGUUGGAGACCCAGCUGAGGCCAGGGUUCCCGGCUUUUGCCUGCUGUACGCUUGGAGAAUGUACCAGCAGAUGGACUGUCUGUCCAUCUGCCUUUGAAAGGAACAUGGGCCAGGACUGACACAGGUUAAGCUACUGCUUGCAGAUGCCUGUGUCCACCAAAAACCCCAGUUCGAGUCCCAGCUGCUCCACUCCUGCUCCAGCUCCUUGCCAAUGCACCUGGAAAGCAGCAGAUGGCUAGCUCAGGCACUCAAGUCCCUGCUUCCCGCAUGGACGACCCCGAUUGAGUCUGGCUCCUAACCUCAGCCUGAUCCAGGCCCCGCUAUGGCCACAUAGAGGGCAAUCGACAGAAACAUGCCCUCUGCCUAGCACUCGGGGACAAGUCAGUUUGAACACAAAGGUAGCCUAAUGGCUAAAGCUCUCAUCUUUCAUGCACCGGAAUCCCAUGUGGGCACUGGUUUGUAUCCCAUCUGCUCCACCUCCCUUCGAGCUCCCUCCUUGUGGCAUGGGAAAGCAGUCGAGGACGGCCCAAAGCCCUGGGACCCUGCCACCUGCCUGGGAGACCUGGAAGAAGCUCCUGGCUUUGGAUCAGCCCAGCUCUGGCAGCCAUUGUGAGUAGAUGUCUCCUCUCUAAAUCUGCCUUUCCAGUAAAAAUCUUCAAAAGAACAUAAAACCACAACCCAAGAGAUGCCCAGUUGGUCGCCAGGGUGCUGGACGCACAUGAAGCACCAUGCAUGGUGGGAGAUGUGUACCAAAAGUCAGAGAACAUUCAACAGACGCUUACUGAGCACCUAGCGCCAGCCAAGCCCCAGGUCCUGGAGCCCACGUCCAUGCCGUGGGAGCCUGAGCGAGAGGACCCACAGCACAGCAUGGCCAGCAGGAGGAGGGGUUCAAGGCAAAGGCAGCAGAGUGUGACCAGAACUGAAGAUCUGUAAUCGCAGGAGACAUGACGGGAUGGAGAAAGCGUCUGGGUAGCCAGGACUGGGCCAGGGCCGGAGGGCUGAGCACCAGCUGGGGUGCUCCCACGCCACCAUGGAGCACCUGGGUCCUGUGUGGGCCUCUAGCUCCAGAUUCCCCACCCCACCCCGAGAGGAAGUGUGAUGGCGCCAGUAAUUAGGUCCAGCCCAGACAGGGUCCUCUCUCUCUUCUGAUUAUAAAAAAAGUGCUAGAACUUUGGUUGGGCAGUAGUAAUUUCAUAAACACUGUCUAUAAUAAUUUGGUGUUACAUGCAUUAAUUGUCAUAAAUAAACAACAAGGUUGUUUCGUU